CAACCCGGCAACCAGAUUUCAAACGCUCGCUCUAAUCUGGCAACCCAGUUCGGGUGUGGAAAGCAGCUGUCGAUGGAGCUUCACUUCGAUACACGUUUGCUCUCGUGCACAGUAAAAGGGGGCGGUGAAUAGUUACAUCAAACCCCCUUUGUGUUGUUGUUUUUUUUUUUCUAUCUAUUUAGCUAGCUAUUUUACACAACCUUCUCAAAACCUAGCUCUUUAUUUCCUCCCCACGUAACAUGGCUGCUCUCUCAGCCUGGUUUUGGAGCGAGGAUUUCUGGCUUCCUCACAACGUGAGCUGGACGGACCUGGCGAAUCCCGCGCCCGGGGUGGAGUACCCUAGAGCCGGGCACUUACUCAAAGCUUUCCCGCUGGCCUUGGGCAUAUUCGCUGUUAGGAUAUUUUUCGAAAGGUUCAUCGCAGGUCCUUGUGCGCACAUCCUCCACAUCCAGGCCGGGGUGAACCGGAGAGCCCAGCCAAAUGCUGUCCUCGAGAAAGUGUUUACAUCCAUCUCAAAGUGUCCAGAUGCACGCCAGCUGGACGGUUUGUCUAAGCAGCUGGACUGGGAGGUGAGAAAGAUCCAGCGAUGGUUUCGUCAUCGGCGGAAUCAGGACAAACCCAGCACAAGGACCAAGUUCUGUGAGAGCAUGUGGAGGUUUACAUUUUAUCUGGGUAUAUUUACCUAUGGGUUCUGCUUUCUAUGGCAGUCCCCCUGGAUGUGGGACACACGACAGUGCUGGUACAAUUACCCCUAUCAGGCCCUCAGUCCUGGCCUGUAUCACUACUAUGUGACAGAGCUGGCCUUCUACUGGUCUCUCAUGUUCUCCCAGUUUACAGACAUUAAACGAAAGGACUUCCUCAUCAUGUUUGUGCAUCACCUGGCCACUGUGAGCUUGAUCAGCUUCUCAUAUGUGAACAACAUGGCACGCGUGGGCAGCCUGGUCAUGUGUGUGCACGACGCCUCCGACUUCCUCCUGGAGGCUGCCAAGUUAGCCAAUUAUGCCAAAUACCAGCGGCUGUGUGACUCCCUAUUUGUGGUAUUUGCUGCAGCUUUUAUUGGGACAAGGCUCAUCAUUUACCCUUUUUGGAUCCUGAACAGUACAAUGUUUGAGAGCUGGGAGAUCAUCGGGCCGUACCCUUCGUGGUGGCUCUUUAACGUUCUGCUGCUGGUGCUGCAGGUUCUGCACAUCAUCUGGUCCUACCUCAUAGUACGCAUCGCCUUCAAAGCCAUUAUGAGAGGAAAGAACUGGCUUCUCUCUUUCUUCACCCUUUCCUCUCGGGUGGAAGGCAGCUGCUGUCUUUCUGUCGCUCUUUCCUGAUCGAGAUCUCUGCCUGUUCUGUGUGCUUUAACCUCGCUCGCUGUUCUCGCCUAGUAGACCCCGUUCUCUCGUUCCUCAGCCGUAAGUGUGCCUCCUCUUCCACUCGUUCUCCUUUUAGUUCUGUGAUAUUUCAGCCCAACACUCUGCAAGGAAAAUUCAGAUUUUCCCCAAAACACAUUUUUAAAGGUGCAGUUUGGAAUGAUUUCUUGGUAACCUGUAGGAAUCAUGCAAGAUAUCCGAAAAAUUGAUUGACCGAUGAGGUUUGAGAGGGAUUUCUGGUGUUCCUUUCAGGCUGUUUCCAUUCUCCUACCUUGAAAUUCGCUCGCACUUAAAAGCCGUUCGUCAGUUUCUAAAAAAUCACAGACUGCUCCUUUUAAAAUGAUUCUUUUACAAAGUAGCUUUUAGAAUGCACGAUCUCGACAACCAUCAUCGACUGCGAAUGCUCU